CUGUGGCCAAGGACUAGGGGAAAAUGCCGUGCAAGAUAGAAGGAUUCCUCUUACUACUUCUCUUUGGCUAUGAAGCCACACUGGGACUAUCGUCUACAGAGGAUGAGGGCGAGGACCCCUGGUACCAGAAAACAUGCAAGUGUGAUUGCCAAGGAGGAGCCAAUGCCCUGUGGUCCACUGGAGCUUCCUCCUUAGACUGCAUUCCAGAAUGCCCAUAUCACAAGCCCCUGGGUUUUGAGUCAGGAGAGGUCACACCAGAUCAGAUCACCUGCUCCAACCCAGAGCAGUAUGUGGGCUGGUAUUCCUCAUGGACAGCAAACAAGGCCCGGCUCAACAGUCAAGGCUUUGGGUGUGCCUGGCUCUCCAAGUACCAGGACAGUAGCCAGUGGCUACAGAUAGAUUUGAAGGAGAUUAAGGUGAUUUCAGGGAUCCUCACCCAAGGUCGCUGUGACACAGAUGAGUGGAUGACCAAGUACAGUGUGCAGUACAGGACCAAUGAACGCCUAAACUGGAUUUACUAUAAGGACCAGACUGGAAACAAUCGGGUCUUCUAUGGAAACUCAGACCGGAGCUCUACAGUUCAGAACUUGCUGCGACCUCCCAUCAUUUCUCGCUUCAUCCGACUGACCCCUCUGGGCUGGCAUGUUCGCAUUGCCAUCCGGAUGGAGCUGCUCGAGUGCGCCAGCAAGUGUGCCUGAUGCCUGUCUCAGCUCAG